AGUUGAGGUUCAGUAAUCAAACUCAUCAUCUUCAAUAAAGUUCACGACUUCUGGAAGCAAAUCAAUUUUUGUUGUGCUGAAUUCUUGAGUUGAUUCAAAAUUUGUACCAUUCGUUUUCCUUUUAAUAACAAUCAAAAUGAGAGAAACCGUGAUAGUUCUAACACUUUUCUGUUUGUUCGGUUACAUUGUCGCUAAAUAUCCGACCGAUUUAACGAGAUGUCAUUUUGGCGAUACAAAUUGUUUGAAAAAAACGAUUCAGGAGUAUGCAACGCAGUUGAAAUCGGGGCGACGCGAUUUGGGCUUAGUACCAAUUGAUCCAUUGCAAGUUGACGAAGUCAAUAUUGACCAAGGAAACACCAGCCCCGUGAAUAUCAACUUGAAAUUCCGUGAUCUCAAAUGCCAUGGAUUGAGUACAGCAACAAUCAAAAAAGUGGUUGGCUUCCAAAAAGAUAUAGCGAAUUCUAAAUUCGAAAUUUACGCUAAAAUUGAGCGCAUUUCGCUAGUCGGUCGAUACAAGGCGCGUGGAAAUAUUUUGUUAUUGCCAAUUUUCGGCAACGGCGCCGCAAACUUAACACUCGAUAACAUUGACGCAAGCAUCAAAUUCAUAGCCAAGGCUGAAACUAAAAAAAGCAAACAGCACCUAAGAGUUACCGAUCUUAUAUUGGAUUUUGAUACGACAAGACUUUGGAUGAAUUUUGAAAAUUUAAUUAACGGCGAUCAAUUGCUCAGUGAAUCGACCAAUACAUUUUUGAAUGAUAAUUGGACGGAAAUUUUGAGAGAGUUGAAGCCCGUAUUGACGAAAGCCAUUGGUGGCAUUUACAAAGCCGUCGCUGAACCAAUCUUCAAUAAAUUCCCAUAUGAAGAGCUCUUCUUAGCUCAUGAUGAAUGAAUACUGUUAUCGAGGGCACAACAUAUUUAGUCAUACAUGUAUAUCAAUGAAAAUUAUUUAUAACGUAUUGUACAAAACAAUUACUAAAAUUAAUUUUUUUUAUCAAAAAUAAA